GAAAAAAAAAAGUGGUGGCGAUUGUGGCUAGGCUAGCUAAACAUGUUUCCAGAGGCAACUAUGCUAACACACGGGUUUACCCCAUAUAUGUAGACACAAACAAGUCGUAUGCAUUUUCCAGUGAACAUGACUUGAGAGGCACCCGACGAACCAUUCCACCCCCUUGAUUCUGAAGAUGGAGAACCAUAUUCACUGUAUCUCCUGUGUUAACCGGAGGUGCAUGGCACAGUCUGAACCAGGAGUUUCUUGUGAGAUUAUCACAUGUCCUUUGAUGUGUGGAGCUAUGUUUCAUUCCUGCAAAGGUGAUGAGCACCAACUUUUGUGCCCACUUAUGAAGGUUCCAUGUCUUAAUAGCAACUAUGGCUGCCCAGCUAUUCUGAUCCGCAACAAAAUCCCUGCACACAUGGAUGUUUGUCCGGCUGGGGUUGUCUCCUGCCCAGAGAGAUGGAACUUGCACCCAACAGAAAUCUUGGAUUUGAAACCUGGUAGGAAAUUAGGAAGUAUCUUGGAUGAGAUAAGGAGCCAUAAAGACCUUGCACUUGCUCUGGAGGACCGUCAGGCACUCCUUGAGACCAUAGAGGAGAUGGGGAUGGAAAACUUGACUUACAAAGAUUCUGUUAUUGAAGAAGCGAUACUGUUAGCUUUAGCAUUGUCUGCUUCUGAGGCAUCAACUGUGACUUCCUCAUUUCAAUUGCAGUCUGCUCCAAAAGGAUCCACAACAGAGGAAGUUGUUAGUGGAAUCAAAGAUUUAAAAAAAAGAGAUAUAAAGGAGAACUGUUCUAGUCUGAGCUGUUUGAAUGAAAGUGGUGCUCCUGAAAAUAUUGGUGUAUUAAGUAAAGAUUUAACCAAUGGAUCAUUUAUGGAAACAGAAGCCAUUAAUAUUUCAAAAGAACCUGUGACCCUUCAAAUAAUAUCACACACUUAUCCCCCCAUAUGCGGUCAGUCAUUUCGCCGCGACCAAUAUCCUUCCCAUUAUCUAAAUAUCCAUUGUGACUUUCACCCCAACUUUCGUGACCGCAUAGAGUCCCACUGUCCUCUGGCAUUGUAUGGAUGUAGGUUUUCCCAGCAGAGGCUGUGGCCAUCCACCCACAUGGCCAAGGUGAUUUACCAUAGGCACCUUAAGUCGUUUAUAAUCCUGCCUUCUAUCAAUGCGGAACCUGCAAAGGACUCCCAGUCAGACCGGUUUAGUGGGCUCCCCAUUGAGAUACUGUGGCACAUAGCUAGAUUCCUGGACAGUUUUAGCCUCUGCCAGCUGUCCUUGGUGUCGAGGACUAUGAGGCAAGUGUGUGCCAGUCUCCUCCCUUCAAGGGGGAUAGUAGAGCUGCAGUGGGAGCGAGGACAUUUUCCUUGUCAUCCUCACACUAUGAGAUGGCGGGUCAAAAGUAAAGUGUGGAAAUUCAGCCCUGCCUUCAGUCCUGUGUACUCGUGGCAUUUUGUUGAUGUUCCCAGCAUGUCGGAUCACAUGAAGAAGUGUCCUUUUUUCAACAGAGCUGAACUGAAGACUGAGCCAGUACCCCUUACCGCAAUGUGCACCGAACAAGACAGACUCUCAAUCCUGCAUUGUUAUCAAACCCUGCGUAGCCUCAUUGCUUGAUCAAGCAAAGCUGAUCUUUAUGAGAUUCACUGUGGAAUUAUGGGAAUGUUGCUAAUAAAAAUGUCCUUUCUUGCACUAAAUCAAAA